ACAUCUCAUUCUCAUUCAGUUUCCCUCUUAUCUCAGGCCUUCUCCAUCUAUCUUCUGAAAAUAAACUUAAUAAAGCAGAAUGAGAAGUGAGCACAGAGAUCAUGAGGCAACCAUACAUGGUUCAGGAGAGUGGUUGAGUUUAGGUAUGGGAGGAGAAAGCACGCCUUCAAACCCUGCUUCUCCCAAGUUGUUUUCAUGUAAUUUUUGUAUGCGAAAAUUUUACAGCUCUCAAGCAUUAGGUGGCCACCAGAAUGCUCACAAGAAGGAAAGAGGUGCAUUGAAAAAGUACAACUUGGUGGGUAUGGCAUUCCAUAAUCCCAUGUUAAGGUCUAUGGGUGUUAUACACCAUGGAAUUAUGCAUGGUCAAGGGAGGGAUAAUGGAAAUGGAAGUAUAACAGUGACAAAGUUUGGGAAGCCUCCUAAUACAAGGUUGUCUGUGUCAGGGCUGUCUGAUCCAAUGGACAAAACAGCAGACUCAACAUGGCCAAGAAGUUUUUGGUUCAAUCCUCAAGAAGCAGAGGAGCAGUCCUCCUCCUAUCCUAAUAAGCUAGACCUAAACCUGAAGCUGUAAAUAUUGAUUUGACUAUCUUUCUGCUGUAAAUAUUGAAGUUGAAAUUAUUACCAUUGUUCCAAAAGGUUGAAGCCUGGAUAAGAGAUUGGAAAGUAAGGAAAUGCCAAGGAAAACGAUUUUUAUUUUCCGAAUUACUCCACAAAGGGCAAAGGAACAAGAAAUAUGAUUACUUUUUAAUAAUUUAUUUUACAAAAUAUAAGAUUGCUUAGUAUUUAUAUGACAAAAAUUGACAAACAAAGUGAAUCCGUCUUUGAAGUUAAAUUUGAAUUCCUCACUACAAUAUUUCUUUCCAAACUAUGUUUCAAAUUAGUUGCCCGUGAUUACUGUAGUAUUAC